CUCUGCUUCAUAAGAGAACCACAGGCUCCAAGGUCGCUGUUCUCGGCGGAGCCCGUAUCUCUUUACUGAUUGUCUCAUGCAUAAUUGAGAUCCCCAUCCCAUUGGCGACCUGUUCAAAUGUCCCUAACUGAAACCUGCAUGAUGGCGUCUGAGCCCGCCACCAUUUCCCGCAAGAGGAAGCCGAGCGACGACCUCACAGAUCAGCAGCGGCUCGCCAAACGAUUCGAUCUGUUGAAUAUAGAUAAUGCGAGCGGGAAGCUCUACAUUCCCGUCUCGCCGUCGUUAAAGCCCACCACCUCAGUCCCCAAUGGCACCCUCGACAACGAUCAGAUGGCACUAGAUGACACGAAGCACAAGGUGUACAUCUACGACUUGGACGCCGAGCUGGCUUCCGACACCGAAUCCGACACCGAAUCAAAGCCCAUCUUCAUUCCGGACAUUGAGAAGCACCUCAACAAGCUACCCAAAGUCGUGCUCGUCGGCGACGAAGCCCACGAAGCCGCCAAGAACAUGCAAAUGGUGCUGUACACUGUGCCGACGUCUCUGACGAUUCCGGAAGAAAAUGACAGCGUCAGAAAAGCUAUUUUGGAGAGCAGGCAGCGCAUGAGAGAUAGGCAGGCGUUGCGCGUGCCGGAUAUGCCCGUACCCACAGAGGCUAUGCCGCCUUUGAAGCCAUCUAGUGGGCCUGAUGGGGAGCAUGUAAGGAGUCAUGCCUUUGGAUCGACAGGAAACAGCAGCGAAGGCGCAAUUCAGGUGCCGGCCACGCCGCUGGAGAGCUUCGCGCAAAAGGCAGCCGUGAACGGUUACGCGAACACUGGUUACGACCCAGACAUAAUGGAGAUGGACUGAUCUGGUCAAAAAUUCCGUGGCUGGUAUUCAUUUCUUGUGUCUAUCUCUUCGAAGGGACCAUCAAUUGUUCUCAGCGACCUAUCGUACAGGACCUCCUCUCUUCCAGCAAAGACUUGGUAUGCGACAAUCACGCGUACUGGGCGCUGGACUACAAAGAGUGGCAAUCAUAACACAUAAUAAAAAGGAAACGUCUCUUGCAGCUCACAAUGCAGGUGGGGGCUGCUGCGGCGUUGUCUGCGGUGCAGCAGCUGGUACGACACCAUUCUGCUGCGGCGCUACCUUCGAUCCUCCCAGAGGUGGAGCGUACAUUGGCGGCAUACCGUUAGGAUUGUACACCGGUGGAGGCUCCGGGUACGGGUACAUUCCGUACGUUCCGUUCUGCGGAUUGUAGUACGCAGCGUUGUUUUGCUGGCGGAAGGGCUUUGGAGCAAGCCACUGCAAGGAAGACCUGUCAGCUGGCGCGGACGAACGUGGAGAAGUAGGGAUUGCAUACUCUGUGAUAUCUCAACGGCUGCAGGCCCUUGCGUAUGCGCCGCCGCGCGUGCCAGUACCCGACUGUGAAGUAGAUGAAGAUGAUACCCAUGAGCCCGAGGAAGAUGCUCCACUUUAUGAUCUCUGCCGUGCGGCAGGCCUGUGAUGAAUACUCGGUCAGCGCAUGCUUGGAAAGUAGAGUUCCUCUUGUCCAAAGCAAUAGGAAGCGUACCUUGUCACACACGAACACUUCGCGGCCAUCGCCUGUGAUGAACACCUCGUCCCGCUUCGUGGUUAUCAUCAUUCGUAAUGUGGAAAUUUAAUUUUAAACCGUGCAAAGAAGCCCCUUUGUUCGAAAACGUCCUUGGCAAGCCAAUUUGAGGUAGACUGCAAAGAGAGCUCUUCCCAAGAACUGGGAUGUCAACGGUGAGAGGGCGAUUAGUAGCACCUUACUCGCGCUUAAUACUCGACGACAAUGAGAGAAAGAGAGAGAGAGAGAGAAGACAAGCCAAGAAAAGAGGGAAGAAAAAAACAGGUACAAGUGUCCGACUCUAUAUUGCUGGGCAGCCACAAACCUGCUUGUUUCGGAGCAUUCAUGUUCCGGAUUCGUCUCGGCGGGAUUUUAUCUCAGAAAGGGAGAGGGAGACUUCGCGUUCCGCCAUGUUCGACGAUUGGUGUUUCACAUCUUGUUACAAACCCACCGCGUCUGGUGUAAGACACCAAACAGCCGCAGCCAACUUACACGCGCGUCGGUGCGUGGCGCGGUGGGAUAGUGUCGGUUUCUUUUCGACUUCAGGAUAUACCGAAAAAGGAGGAGAAGGCGAAGAGAGCUGGCCAUAUCACAAGUGAGAAAUUUCACCGUUUCUUCAAUUCCCUAAGUUAUCGGCAAAGCGAAUUGCAAAGGUGCAAACAAUAGAUCAUGUUUUCUGCGAUUGA